AUGCUUUUGCCUCGCGAGCAUGCAACAACUACGAAUAAGGCACCAAUCGUUCGGGCUAUGACGGCACUACUAAUGGUUAUUACCAUUCUCGCCGCUACCUUACGAAUAGCGACGAGGUUGACCAUAGUGGGAAGUCUCACUUUGGAUGAUGGGUUCGUCGCUGCAUCCGCCUUCUUGGCUAUUAUACAGUCAAUUAUCGUUAUAUUUGAGGGUUCGGCUGGUCUUGGCAUCCGUGGUGGUCUUCAUGCUAAUCAGGUUUCAUUCAUCCUGAAGAGUCAAUACGCCUCCGGUAUUCUGUUCAUCACUGUAGUAUACCUUGCAAAGAUUUCAGCGACAAGAACGAUUUGGAGUAUGGCACCUCGAGAGCGUCAACGGUUAAUCCUCAUUACUGAGGCAUUCAUCAGUGCCUGGGCUUUGUGCUCCAUUGUAGCAUCCCUAUUUGAGUGCAGUCUACCAAAGCCUUGGGAUUAUAUUCACGGCAACUGCUUCAAUCGUUCAGUAUUCUGGACCGUGUUCGACAUAGUCAACAUUGUUACCGACAUAAUCAUCACAGGGAUCCUGAUUGAUAUGUUCAAGAGUCUUCAGACCCCAAUGUCUAAGAAGGUGUUGGUGAUUGCAGCAUUUGGAUGUCGCAUGUUGAUUACCCCAGUCAUCAUCUCUCACAUCUACUACUUGCGCAAAGCUACAGAACUUGGCAACCCCAUAUUUGACAUGUGGGCACCAACUGUAAUUGUACAGAUUAUUCAAUGCCUGAGCAUCCUGGUAACAUGCGUUCCCUUCCUCAAGCCUUUCAUGGACAGUCUUGAAUCAGGACAAAUGAAUGCGGGCGAUGGGUUGCAAACACGAGGCAAAGGUGGCUACUCUAAGGCCCAGACCGGCGACACAGUGGGACAAAGAUAUUUUGCGCCACAGACUUUUAGGGCAAUUUCGUCUCUGGCCUCAAACGCCUCAUCGCGGACGCGAAAUUACGAAAUGGUCGCUGGGGACAGUUGGGGAGAUAGACAAGAAGCGGGGACAGUAGCCACAGUGACGGUAUUACCCACGAAGCCCAGAGACACUUGGGACGGCCAGAGUCACACGAGCCAGUCGGUACUGGUGCAACAGACGUGGCACGUAGAGAUUGAGAGGCUGAGCAAUGAACCGUAG